AUGGCAACCCCCAGCUCAUAUACCAGCUUCCCCAACUAUUUUGCCUUCUUGUAUUAUCUAUCUGUCCUAUACAUCCUCUUCAAGGGGUAUACGUGGAUACGCAUAACCUGGCAGCAAAAUGGGUCCCUAUCAAGCGUGCCGGGGCCGCGCUUCGCACGCUGGUCUCGGCUCUGGAUUGUGCGGGCGCUGGCGUCCGGUAGGUCGCACGAGGCGUGGAUAGAUGUGAAUGGCCGGUACGGCCCCCUCGCGCGGAUUGGCCCGAAGCACGUCGUCACUGAUGACCCUGAGAUAACACGCCGGGUGCUCGCUGCCCGUUCGGGCUACAAACGCGGCCCGGCAUUUGAUUCCUUGCGCAUGGACCCUAUCAUCUCGAACAUCAUCUCAGAGCGUGACUCCAGGAAACAUGACCUGAUCCGCGCAAAGGUGGCGCCGAGCUUCACUGGUCGAUCCAUGGCGGCCAUCGAACCUAUGAUGGACGAGCAGAUUCUCGAUUGGGUUGACUCGCUGCGGACCAGCUCCGCGUCCGUCGUCAACAUUGGACAAAAGAUACAAUUCCUAACGGUCGAUAUUAUCACGCGACUAUGCUUAGGAGAUGCCGUUGGGUGCGUCAAGAACGACUGUGAUAUGCACAGCUUGCUCGAGACGGUCGAGAUGGGAAACCGUGUCUGCCAGUACCUCUCAGUGAUCACCGAAGGUAAUACCCUGCUCUUUCAGCUGGGGCGUGUCCCUGCUUUCCGCAGGAUGCUGUUUCCUAAGGUGGGAGAUGCUGUGGGCGUCGGGAGGCUGAUGGGACUCGUGCACGAGGUAAUAGAGAAGCGUGUAUCCAAAGACGGCCGGGCCGACGAUCUCGUGAGCGCCCUUCUCGAUAAAGGAAUGCCGACGGAGCAGAUAGACUCCGAGGUCAUAGUCGCACUCGCAGGGGGCUCCGACACAACGUCAACCUCGGUACAGAGCACACUCCUCUCCAUAAUAACUAACCCUCGCGUCUAUGCCAAGUUGCGGGCUGAGAUCCGAGCCGCCGUUGGCAAGGGGGUGUCGACGCCCAUACGCGAUGCCGAGACCAAGCAGCUUGUAUAUUUGCAAGCGUGCGUGGUCGAGGGGUUACGCAAGCAUCCCCCUCUCUCCCAGCUGCGCGAGCGCGUCGUCCCGGCCGGCGGCGACACGCUGGGGGGGUUCCAUCUCCCAGCCGGUACGCUCGUCGGACUCAACGGAUGGGGAACUCAGCUACGCACGGAAAUCUACGGCGAGGACGCGGAGCUAUUCCGACCGGAGCGGUGGCUGACGGAUGACUGUGACCGACUCAAAGAGAUGCACGCGACGCACUCGCUGAUCUUUGGACACGGCGCGACAAAGUGCCUCGGCAUGGCUAUGGCGCUGAUGGAGAUCCCCAAGGUCUUGUUUGAGCUACUCCGGAACUUUGAUGUCACUGUUGCGGACCCGCACAAGCCGUGGAGAAGCCGCUGUUACGGCAUCUUCCACCAGGAGGGCUUCCGAGUGUGCCUUCACCCGGUCGACAAUGCCGCGGACCAGCAUCCUGUAUCUAUGUAG